AUGGAGAACAAUAAAUCAGUUUUGAGGAGAACUACAGUCAAAAAACUGAUUCAUUCUGCAACUCAUGAUGAACUCCCCGAACCAAUUUCUCGAUUUUUUCAGUCGUUAUUAGCUUAUCCGGACGCUAUCGAACAGACUUUUGAAGAAAUCAAGUCGAUUACAUCAACUAAAUUUAUAACAUGCAUAUUAGAAAUAGUUUAUUUAAGUUUAAACGAUCCAAAUAAUACGUUUUCAGAAGAAUUUAAGGUAAAUAUUGUCAAAUCCUUAUUGCAAUGCGUUGAAACACACUUCCCAUCCUCAUACACAAAGUCAGAAACAUCAACUUUCUUAUUUUUACUCACAGUUUCGAAAAUUUUAUGCAUUUAUCCGAAAAUUACUAUGACAAAUCUACCAGAAACACAAUCAAAUCCAAAUGUUACUGCUUUGAUUCUUAUUUUUAUAUCGCAUUCGAAAGAUAUCGAUCCUUCUCCUUAUAUGUCGUUGAUUUCAAAUAAACUUGGCAACAACCUUGUUUCUUAUGCAUCGUAUUAUGUUAUUGAAUACUUUUCAUCGAUGACAGAAGGCCCUAGCAUCAAAAAUAUUAUUUCAUCGUUUAAAUCUAUAUCUGACGAUGCUAUAAUUCCACACCUUUCAUCACCAAUGAUAGAAGCUCUCAUUAGAAGACUAGAUGCUACAAAUGUCAAAGAAAUUACAACUUUAUUAAGCUAUUUACCGAAAAAACUACGAAAAGAUCCAUCAGGAACGAUAAAAUUAUCAAAAUUAAUAGAACAAGCCUACGAAUUUCCAGAUGCUCCUACAAUUUUCAAACCUUAUUUCGAAGAAAUUUUAAAUCUUUGUCUCAUCACAGUAAAAAGCACAGAUAUCAAGCCAGAAGAAGAGAUCAAAGACAUAAUGACUGUUAUCCGCAAAGAAAUUGCUGAUUCUUUCAUGCUUCUCAUACAAAAAUUCAAUUUUAAUCCAUUUGAGUCAUUUUUCGCCUCCAAAGCGGUAAACCAUCAACUCAAUGUUCUUCUUAUGAUGGCUUACAUAGUCAAAUUCGCUCCAGAAGGCUUUGUUCAAGAAAAUUAUUUGGAUAUCUUUACAGGAAUCGUUUCAACUAACAAGAAAUCAGAUGUAUUGAGUCUAUUAGUCCAUAUCUGUUACUAUUUUGUCCAGAAAUUCCAAUCAAAAAAGGCAUUAAAAACAAUAAUUUUAGCUUUGGACCAUGAUUCUGAAGUUGCAUCACAAUACUUAGUAUCUAAAGAUUUGUCAUUUGAUUUCCUAUUCGAUGACUUGGCUUCAAUGUUUAAACCAGAUUCUUCUCCUCAAAUUUACUUGAAAACAAUUACACUUGUCCUAAAGGCACAUUUGCCAGAGUCACCGCAACUUUACGUGUCAGAAAGAUGCGAUAUUCCAGAAAGUGACUCAAAUUUCGACUUAAUUCCAAGAGCGGACACAGCAUACGGUUCAGAACAAGAGCAGGCACCUGAGGCAACACCUACAAGUAACACGAUCUUGUUCUGUUCCGUUUUGACCGCUUUGGAAAAGAAUGUAGCUUUAUUUGACUUAUUACCACUCACGGCGAGCGCCAUUUCGCCUUCAUUCUCACAGGCGCUUGUAGCUAAGUUCCCCUCUCCCAAAAAUACUCAGAAUUUCGCAGCAGUUAUGAAUAAAAGAAGAUUUCAAUUAGAUUCUCUUGCUGCUUACGGUACUGCGUUACAAUCACUCGAUAAAACGACCAUUAAUGCACUUGCACAGACGUUCCUUAUGCUCAGACCUGACGAAUCUAUGUUAUAUCUCGCAAUUACGUUACAAAUGGUUCCGAAAGUAGUUGCAGAGAGCUGUCUUAAGAAGACAUUGCAUUUUGCACCAGACUAUCCUGAAAUCUGUGGCAAAAUGAUAGCUCUUGUGUCGUAUGCGCAUCCAUCUGUUGCAAUGAACUUCAUUAACACGAUGAUUAACGAUGCUUAUAGUAAAAGAAGGUUUGCUUUCUUUAGAUCAUCAGUUCUUGACGAUAAAAUGGUGAUUGUUGUUUUGAAAACUCUUGGAUCUUGUUCAACUUUCAUAGAAAGCGAAUCUUUUAACAACGAUUUCCUCAGUUUCACCACAAACUUCCUAAAUAAGUACUUGAGUGUCCCGCAACCCUCUCAGGCCGUAAAUUCCGCAGCUUUGUUCGCCAUCAGAAAAUUGGGACAACGAUUAUUUUUGUAUCAACAGGAAAAUACAGAAAACUUAUUUGCUUUCAAAGAUUUCUUAGUGCAGUAUGUUUGUACAUACUACCUGGAUGUAGGAGACUCGAUGCUGUCCAAUAAUACUGUCAACAACGAGGUAGAAAUCAUUAUUAAUAUUCUCAGCGCAUUGGCAGCCAUGAUGCCCAUCAGGCCUAUCAGAAUAUCAGACAAACACCUCAAAGUAAUCGAACUUACAGCUGUUUUGCUUCAAGUUAUCGAUGUAGAUAAAUUUAAUCCGAUUUUAAAGGCCACAAACUCAUUUUUAUGCACAUGCGUUGAUUGCCAACCAACACUAUCUCUAUUUACUAUCGCUAUUAAGCCUUUAUUCCCUGCAUUACUGAUGCAUUCAGAAUGGAAACAAAUUUCGAUGCUUUUAUCAUCAGUAUGUUCGAAGUGGGAGAAGGUAUCACUCGCAGAAUCAUCAGAAACACUUAAUACAGCGAUUACGACCAUAUGUACCUUAAUAUCUUACACAUUACCUUUAGUUUUAUCAGAAGAAGCUGGAAAAAGUGCUUCAGAAGUUGUUUCCAGCCUCAUUUCUCUUUCCAGCGCCGCCAGAAACCAAAUUCUCGGUCUUCCUAAGUCAAUUCGACCGGCAUGUGGGGAUACGACUGGUUUAGAAGGCGAUGAGUUGAUGAUUGCUGUUUGUUCUUUGGUUUCCAAGUCAUUUUUGACAGCGCAAGUCUUUGAUAUCGUUAAUUCUCUAAUAGAUCUGUUAGGAAACACUAAAGUAUUAACGUGCCAUUACUUAGGACUUGCUGUAUCAGUAGAACAACUGCUUAAACUUCGAGGACGUGAAGAAUUUCGGUUUGAUAAUCAAAUUGUUGGUGGAUUAUGCAAAGCAGCAGCCGGAAAAGACGAAAAGAUCACUGAAGUGUUUAUGCGGAUACUUAGUAUGUUGUUCAAAUCCCGAUUAGUGUCUGUUCUCACUUCAUUCAUGGAAAAUUCAUCAUCUUUGUCAGACCAAUUUAUUGAAAAUAUUUUCAAAGAAAUCUCCGAAAUUGACGAUGGAAUUACUAAGUUAACUGAAGAGAUUUCUCGGACAUUGAGUUGCGAAUCACCAUCAACAGAGACAUUGAGUUUCUGUAACAGGUCAUUAGGAAUAUUGAAUUCUUCAAAACAUGAUAUUCCUGAUGAUGUUUUCUCGAGAUUGGUCAUUUCAUGUUUGAAACGUCCGAAAUCUUUUCAAAUUUUGAGUGGAGAAGAUUAUGAAAAAUUUGUUUUGCAAAUUCCUAAGGAUCAUCCUUCUUCUCUCCAAACAAUAGCUAAUGAAAAGAUAUCUAUGGAUGCCGCUCUUUGUCUAACUUUCGCAAAUUCUGAUGAUAAAACUUGUUCUGAAUUUUUGAAACAAAGUUUGGAAAUUUUGACAAAAAGUGCCAAUAAAAUUACCAAACAACAUUUCACUUUGUUGCAAAAUAUAUUCAAGAAUAGGUCUCCUAAUGCAUAUGAAUCGAUUUCACAGUCGAUUUCGGAUUUUUUGGUAAAUUAUUUAUCAGAUGAAUCGGCAUUUGACGUCAUCAUGUCGUAUCUAGAGAAUACAACGAAGAAAGAUGAUUUCUGGGUCUCAUUGGCUAAGAAAGAAAGAGAAAGUAUCACUCACACAAUGCCAAUAAGUAUCAAGAUUUUCAAAAUUUCUUCUCCGAACGCAGAAGCAAUUGCACCUUUAUUGGCAAGGUCCGCAGUACUUAAAUCCCCUGAAUCCGAUGACUUUAUCAAAAUAGCGGCAAAUUCAUUGAAAGUCAAAGAAGGAAAGACUUCAUUUGAAACAGCCGUGAACAUUAUGAAGUGUGAGGAAAUGUCUUCGUAUAGAAAAGAAGUCCUUGAAGGUCUCACGAGGUUCAUAAGAGCGAAUGACCAUGCAGACAUCGCUUCUUCAGCUGUUACUUCACUUUGUCAGUCAAUUACUGAUGAAAACGCUUUUGCAAUAGAAGCUGUAAUAGAAACACUGCCAAGCGCUUUAGCUGGCGAUAAUGAUUCUGAAGUUAAUGCUAUUAUUAGAUUGUUAUCUAACUAA